UUGAAUACUCAUCAGAGCCUGUGGUUGGCUGGCGAGCAGCGCAAAAUUCGUGUCCUCGGUUUCACUCUGUUCAAACAAGAAGACAUUUCAAACAACUCAUCUGACGCAAUAAUCAAAAAAAAUGCCUAAUAAGGUUAUCAACAGGCCACGGUUCUGCCCAUCCAGGUAUGACCCAGAAAAACGAGCCGUGGCCCCAUCUUUUGUGUCCGACGAUGGAUCUAUUUCCUGGACGCCAAUCAUGUGGUGUCCCGCUGACUUUCCAACAGAGUUGUUCGAGGUUGCUGUCUCGCAGCUCAUACAUCAUCCAGAGUACAAUUCCACUCUAAUUUUACGCUCAGAGGUGGUCUCCGAGAGCAAGGAGGAUUUUCCGUCGUCAAUUCCUAAACUUAAAGGCUUUCAUUCAGUGCAGAGUAUACGUAGAAGAUUGCUCCCUCGCCGCCCAGGCAGAGACAGCGGCUUGGAACAGUAUUGUACCCUAUACUCGUCAUCUGACGACAUCGACGGUCUACCGACCGCUCUUGUCCUGACUCCACUCGUACCGCCUGGUGAAUCACUCCCGUACUACCAUCCUGCGGUCUCUCACAUCGCAUUCCGCUACAUCUCGUGCGCGCCAGCCAUACUGCAGAUCGAAGCUGUCCCUCUCCCAGGAACUCCCACUGACAUCAACUCAAGGCUAUACCGCACUUGUCUGGCUCUAUUGGAGACCUUGCAUCGAUAUGGCUGGGGCGCGAUGACGAACUACAAGAAGCGGGUCUUGCAUGACCAGAUCAUUCCCCGUGACACAUAUCAAGACCUAUAUCUGAUCAUGCGAGAACGUCAUAAGCACCUAAUAGAAACAUGGCAAGAAGUCACGGAUCCGCUCAAGCAUGUCUUCGAGGACAUUGGCAUUGGCACAUUCUUGAUGUUGCUCUGGAAAGACAUGUAUAGCGCAGCAUCUCCCAUGUCGGAUGAUUCUGAUGCAAACGGAAGCGAACCAUGGCGAAGUUGGCCUCGUCCUCCCUCCGGAUUCCUUGACCUCGGGUGCGGGAACGGUCUGCUCGUCCAUAUUCUGACCGCGGAAGGAUAUCAAGGCUACGGGAUCGACUUGCGCGCCCGCACAUCCUGGUCGCACUACCCCGAGUCGACGCAAGCCCAGUUGCGUGUCGAAGCGCUCGACCCUACGGAACUCACAGAUCCCUCAUCCUUGUCUGAUUACCCAUACCUGCGCCCCGGAGUCUUCAUCAUCGGAAACCAUGCUGACGAGCUCACGCCUUGGGUGCCGGUCCUAUCCACUUUGUGCUCGGCAUCCGGGUAUCUCUCCAUUCCCUGUUGUGCCUGGGCAUUCGACACGCGCUACGAUCGUUCGAACACUCCAAAUUAUCCAAUCCCCGUACCGGAGGCGGACUUGGUCGAAAGCCUCAACCUGGGAGGAGACGGAAAUAACACAAGCUCAUAUUCGAUGUACCGCAUUUGGCUGGCUUCGUUGAGCAUGUAUUGCGGGUGGAAGGUCGAAUGCGAGAAUCUACGGAUACCAAGUACGCGCAAUUGGACAAUAAUAGGGAGAGAAAGGACAGACUAUGACCCCAAAUUUAUUGCAGAAUAUCGUCGCCGUACGGAGGAGGUCAUCAGAAUGGUGCGCGAGAGAGGUAUCUUCAAAACGCGAAUGCCGGAGGGAAAGGCCGGAUACCAUUGAUGUCAGCACGACAGCCCCAUGUCCUCUCGAUUUACGGUUGCAUCGAUUGGAUGCGCAGAAUACGUAUCGGGAAUUUAAUUGAUACCUGCUUG